AUGACGGGUAAAUCAAAGUUAAGCAGAAAGCAGAGAAAUGCAGAAGGGUUUAUAGAGCGAAAGCAGAAGAAGUUUAAUAAGCUAAAGCAGGAUAAACUACCUAGUGACAGCACGCCAAACACUGCCCAAGGAGAUAUCUAUAGUGGUUCUGAACCAAAUAUCACAGCUGGUCUUGUUUGGUACCCUAGCUACUACGACCCUGCUUGUAACCCACUGCCUUAUUAUCAAAUGACUGAAUAUCCUAUGAUCAAUCAUAGCCACCUACAAUGGUUCGGUACUCCAAAUAGAAUAAUUUACGCGUCAGCGCGUGAAAUGGCUAGUUUUAACCAGGCGUAUUGGUUAUCAAUGCCGGGGGGUUAUCCACCUUACAGCUGUCCAGGCUCUAUUCCUUCCCCUGUGAAUAGCAGUUGGACCCCAAGCCCUGGUUCCCAUGAGAAAGGAGCUCGGGGAUGGAAUCGAUCACAGAGUGCCCAUCACGAAAAUGAACCUGACCAGUCGCCUCCUGCCAAUGAAACCUCCAGACUCCGUGGUGAUGCCCCUGAAUUUAUUCCAGCAUACAAACAACAGCAUGAAACCAAGGGCUGUGAGGAUGGGUUCCCAAUGACCGCCCUCGACGGAUCGCAUUCCAGAUAG